AUGCCGAAGCGGGUUGGAGAAGGUCGAGAAUGGAGGAGGAAAGAAGAAAAAGAAGAAGCAGACAACGAAGAAGAAGAAGAAGAGGAGGAGGAGGAGGAGGAAGAGGAGGAGGAGGGAGACGACGACGACGACGACGGAGCCAAAAGCGAAGAGGAUGUGUGA